GAGCACGGCGCAGACGUGAGAAAACAAGACUCCCGUGGAAAGACAGCUCUUAUCCUGAUCGACCCGGAAAUGGAUCAGAGCCUGGAGGCUGCAACACUGCUACUCAAAGCUGGAGCGGACGUCAACCACCGUGACCGAGAGGGCCGAACGCCUUUGUUCUUUGCGGCGCGGAGGCACGCUGUCGAGUUUGUGGCAAUGUACCUGCGCCGCGGUGCUAAUGCCAUUGCUCGGAAUAAAGCUGGUCAGACUGCGCUUACAAUUGUGUUGGGCCAGCAAGCUCCACAGAAGGGUUCUUUGAGAAGGCGAUAUGAUGAGGUGUUGAGACAUCUGAGCUUUCGAACGCGUAGCAUGAGUAUCUAGGGAUCUUUCCAAGAGGGCGUUGCUAGACGUGCGCCAAGGUACAUGCGUCGGCGAGAUCUUGUGUUGGCUUGUGAUCCGACACAGUUGCUUCACUUUAGUGUACGACACUAUUGAUGAGAACACUGGCGAUGAACGAACAUGUAUCCAGCAAGGGU